AUGUUGCUUGCCACUUCUUGCACCCCGCUUGCUGCUCUAAUUGCCCGCCGCGUCUGCUCUCCUCUUGCACCUCAUGGCGCAUGUGUUUCUGAGUUGACCAUGUUAUCACUUGGACGUCGUUUGUGUCACCUCCUCUCCUCGCUUCACCUCCUCUCCUCGCUUCACCUCCUCUCCUCGCGUCACCUCCUCUCCUCGCGUCACCUCCUCUCCUCGCGUCACCUCCUCUCCUCGCUUCACCUCCUCUCCUCGCUUCACCUCCUCUCCUCGCUUCACCUCCUCUCCUCGCGUCACCUCCUCUCCUCGCUUCACCUCCUCUCCUCGCGUCACCUCCUCUCCUCGCUUCACCUCCUCUCCUCGCUUCACCUCCUCUCCUCGCUUCUCCCCUUGCCCAGGUGGCGCAUGUGCUUUUGGAUUGCUGCAGUGCCCGCAGCGCUGUUCUGCAUGGCGUGUGAAUUCCUGGUGGACAGCCCCCGGUGGCUGGCGCAGGUGAGAAGAUGGGGCAGGGAGGUGUGGCGGUAUGGCAUUAGGUGUCGCAUCACUGUCAGUGCCAGGUUGCCAGCAGCGCUGUUCUGCAUGGCGUGUGCAUUCCUGGUGGACAGCCCCCGGUGGCUGGCGCAGGUGAGAAGAUGGGGCAGGGAGGUGUGGCGGUAUGGCAUUAGGUGUCGCAUCACUGUCAGUGCCAGGUUGCCAGCAGCGCUGUUCUGCAUGGCGUGUGCAUUCCUGGUGGACAGCCCCCGGUGGCUGGCGCAGGUGAGAAGAUGGGGCAGGGAGGUGUGGCGGUAUGGCAUUAGGUGUCGCAUCACUGUCAGUGCCAGGUUGCCAGCAGCGCUGUUCUGCAUGGCGUGUGCAUUCCUGGUGGACAGCCCCCGGUGGCUGGCGCAGCAUGGCAAGUGGUCAGCAGCAGCAGAAGCAGUAACCCAGCUAUUAGGAGAAGCGAAGGUGAAAGAGACCACGGACGAUCUGCUGCAUCACUCCUUUGGCCCAGGCAGUCACCCCCUCUCAUCUCCCCCCACCUAUCAACCUCAGCACGGCAAGUCGGGGGAGGCAGCAGCAGCGGUGGCGCAGUUGUUGGGAGAAGCAAAGGUGAAACCCGCCCUGGACGAUCUGCAUCACUCCUUAGGCCCAGGCAGUCACCCCCUCUCAUCUCUCUCUAUCCCUCCCGACCCCACUACCCCACCUUCCCUACCCCUCUGCCCCCGCCUGCAGCAUGGCAAGUGGUCAGAAGCGGCAGCAGCAGUAACCCAGCUGCUGGGAGAAGCGAAGCUGGGAGAAACCAUGGACGAUCUGCAUCAUUCCUUUGGGGGAAGAGGCAGCAGGGGGCACGGUGUGGGGUGGGAGGGCGAGGCUAAGGGGGAAAAGAAGGAGGGGAAAGGAGAGCAGCAGCAUCCGGGGUAUGUAGUGCUGGAGAAGGGGAAGGGGGUGGCUGUGGCGGGGAAAGGGGACGAGGAAGGUCUGGUGAAGGAGUGGGGAGCGGUUGAGAAGGUGACUUGGCAAAGCCUCUUCUCCAAGCGAUACGUGCGGGUCGUCACCAUCGGAGCAACACUAUUUGCUCUACAGCAACUCAGCGGCAUCAAUGCCGUAUUCUUCUUUUCCUCGCACCUCUUCAAGUCGGCCGGCAUUCAGUCCGGCGCCAUGGCAAGCGUUGCCAUGGGCACUCUGAACCUAGUUGCAUCUCUGGUGUGCUCUGCUCUCAUCGACCGUGUUGGGAGGAAGGCGCUCAUCACAGGGAGCUUCAUUGGCAUGGGUCUUUGCAUGGCGGUGCAAGCAGCAGCGCAGGUGUUACCCUGGAUGGGCCCCAUGGCACCGCUCAUCACUCUCACUGCCACCCUCGUCUACGUAGCCUGCUUCACCAUGGGAGCCGGACCUGUGCCGGGCCUGAUGCUGCCUGAGAUGCUGCCGAACCACAUCCGAGCCAAGGGCAUGGCCUUUGCCAUGUGUGUACACUGGGUCUUCAAUUUCAUGGUCGGUUUCUCCUUCCUGCCUCUCAUGGUUCGCUUCGGCCAAACCACCCUCUUCUCAUUCUUCGCUUGCGUAUGCUUCGCGGGUGCACUCUUCACCGCCACGUCUCUUGUCGAAACAGCGGGUCGCUCUUUAGAGGAGAUAGAAGAGCAGCUGCUGCCCCCAGCCUAG